GUUAAGUGUAGUAAGAAGCCUGCGACAAUCACAAGAACGUUUCAAAUUUGCUUCUUGUGUAAACUUCUAGUGAAUUUGUUUUACGAAGGUGUAAACAAGCUUUUAUAAAUGAAAAAAUUAAUUAAUUUUAUUAAAAAUAUCUUUGCGCUGUUCACCGCAGUGUAUCCAACUGCCAAACGUUAAAUUCCCCAAAGCCAAUGUGAUGUGAGUGAGUUGUUGUGGACGCAAUUUGUGAAUUUCGCGGAAAACUCCGUAUUGUUUUUCUCCGGAAAAUGCUGAGAAAAGCUCAGUUCGAUUUCUGGUUAUGCACUUAGAUGAAUAUCUGGUGCGCAAUUAUUUUCGGAGUUUUUAUGCGUCCCCAUCAGCCAUAACAAUGGAACUUGGUGACCAUGUUUAUGCCGCCGAAAGGAUUAUAAAAAAAAGAGUUCGUCGGGGUGUUGUCGAAUACUACGUAAAAUGGAAAGGCUGGAGCCAAAAGCACAACACAUGGGAACCUGAAGAAAACAUCCUCGACUCACGCCUGAUCGAUCUAUUCGAACGAAGCCAAAAACUAGAUCCCCACAAACGCGGUCCGAAAAAGAAGGACCGACAUCCCGAAAAACAGCAAACGGAAACGGAAGAUGAAGGACGUGCAAGCGGUGAAGAAAGUCAAGAUGAUGGCGUUACAAGCGCCGAAACCAGUAAAUCAACUCCAGCUACAAAAUCGGAAUCAGCACCAAAUCCAGACGAUGAAGAUACACGGGCCGGAUCCGAAAUAUCAUCAAAGUCGCCGGUGCCAACAGGAGUCGACGAUAACGAAAAUUCAAAUAGUUCAAGUAGCGAAGAUAGAAGGCCGAUUCUGGCGAGACUGGAAAUCGGGACUAAGAGAAAAGCGGAAGUAUUGUCGAAAGAAAGUGGCAAAAUUGGAGUGACGAUUACAACGAGUAGUCCCACGAGUGCCAGUCCGCCACCAAAUAAGAAUUCGAAUAAGCAGGUGCAAAAAACUUCGACAAAGCCGCAACCAUCGUCGACAAAUCGUGUCAACGGCCGCCAGAAAAACGAAGAGGACCCUUCAUCAGCAAUACCUUCGGCAUCAAGUCCGGCAGUUCUCACCGCUACGACUCCCCGGACUUCCACCGAUAAGAGUCGUAGUCCGGUUGACGCAACUCUUCCUCACUCCUCGACUAAAGAACCGGCAUCACCCAAACCCGUGGCGUCGCGGACCGACGAUAAACGACCCAUCACCGAUCCCCCGCCGUCAUCACCGCCGCCGCCGAAAAAACCCGAAGUGAGUAAAGAGGAGCCAGAAAAAGAGUGCAGUGCAGGUGAUAAAAGUGGGGAUGUUAAAGUGGCGGUAAACGGACACAAUAAUAAUAACAUGACUGAUGAACUUCCGGUGUUGACGAGUCCGGGCUCGGAGUAUUGGCUGGCGAGAAAUCCAGUCGCUGAUCAGGUUUUCAUAACUGACGUUACGGUGAAUUUGAAAACUGUUACGAUUCGGGAGUGUAAGACCGAAAAGGGUUUUUUUAAAGAUCGGGACGAUAAUAGUCAUUCUAGUGAUAUUGUUUGACUCUAUUUAUUUCGGUAAUUUUAAGUCGUGAAACGUAGUGAUGGGCUUAAGAUAUCCACGAGGGUAUCGUACAGGGUAGCUCCGUUUUCGAGCAAACUUUCCCCAAGGAUCUGAUUUUUUAAUAGACUGUUGGUGCUAAUAUGGAUUUUUCGACAACCAGCCUGAACGAGUAGAUCACAAUUCAAUUUUUAUAGUGUCCCUCCCGAUUCAUUUGAUUUUAUUUCUGUGAUAACAAAGUCGUACUAAGUUUUUAUCAUGUCAACUCCCACAAAGAUAUUUUUUUGAUUUACCAAACCAGUCUGCUCAUUUAGGCCCGUGGUUAUAAUUAUUUAUGACUAGUUUAUUAUGCAACAAGAUUGCUUGUAAAAAUUUUCAUUCCACGGUAUGAGAAGCCGGUUCAAGUGUAUAUAUUAGAUAUCUACUAAUAUGCCUAGUUUUUUUGUAAUUCUUUUUUUACUGUACCUUCUAGUAUUAGACAAUUGUUGAAUCUUAUUUAUUAAUUGUAUUAAUUAUUUAUUUCUUGUAUUAUUAUAUAAUACAGUAAUACCACACUUACGUUCAGAUUUUACAUUUUUUUUGUCUUUACAAUACACGUUUUAAUGUUAAUACAACUUCAGCUAAGAUAAUAAUUUUACUUAACAAAUUUGUAUAUACCUAUUGUGUAAAAUAUAAAUGAGUUGAAAAUAGUUGUUUCCGUUAAUAUAAGGUAUUUUUGAAAUAAAAAGUAGUCUCAAACAG